AUGAUGCAAAUGCUCAUUAGAGGAUUCAAGAGCUCCCCUCGUCUUCUGAUGAAAAAAGACUACUACAAAAUUCUAGGCGUCAGCCCUUCUGCUACAGACCCAGAAAUAAAAAAAGCUUAUUUUAUCCUCGCAAAAAAAUUUCACCCAGAUGUCUGUAGUGACCCAUCUGCCAAAGAAAAAUUUUCUGAAAUUAAUGAAGCUUAUGAAACCAUUGCAAAUUCUCAGAAAAGGAAUCUUUAUAAUGCCUCUAGAAAGGAAAAUAACACCCACAAAGAAGAAAAAGUCCAUGAAGAUCCUGAAAAUAUUUUUGAAGGGUUUGAAGAUUUUAAUUUCCAAGGCUCUUUUUCCCAGUUUGAGUUCAAUAACAUUUCUCUGGAUAAUAAUCAAGAAAAAAAGCAAUUUAAAGGUGAUGAUAUAGGGAUUUAUUUUGAAUAAAAAAUUAUUUAUUGAAAAAUUCUAUAUUAAUUUAAUAGAAUUAUUUAGUAUGCCUGGUCAAGCACAGGUAGCAACCCUACAGCCCCACCCCCCCCUAAAAGUGGUACCCCCACCCCCCUUUCACAGAUGGCACCCCCCCACCCCCCUUAAUAUAGUAUAGAUAUAUCACAAAUGCUAAUUUAGAGCAGGCGUAAUAAAUAAAUUAUUUAUUUUAGAUAUUAAAAAUUACUGAUUUAUACAAUAUCAUAUAGCGUAGCGCAAUCGAUUAAGGAGUAGUGAAAAUUUCCUAUAACUACUAAGAGCCCCACAUCUGAAGAAAUUUGCUGACAAGCAUAAUGAUCUUUGGUAUUAAUUAGCAGUAUAUCCUGUAUAUAUUUAUGAGCUUUGUGGAACAAUGGCUAAAGAGUCCAUUUAGAGAUCUAAAAGUAAAACUGACAAUAGCAAAUACUAUUUUUAUUAGCACAUUGCUUUUCAAAUGAAAGAGAUGCUCUAUAUAAGUUAGGUAGUAGAGAAUAAGAUAUGGAAUGCUAUAAAUAAGCUAUCAGAGUUGAUCCAAAUUAUGCUGAUGCAUACAAUAGCAUAGGAGUUAUCUUCUAUAAAGAAAAGAGUUAUGAAAAAACACUAAAACAUUGUAACGAUGCAAUUAAAAAAUCCAAACUGUGGAGUAGUAUUAUAUUAUUAUUAUAAUAAAGGAAAUGCUCUUACUCCCCCCCUCUUUAAAUUGGAACAAAAUAUAGGUAAAAUUUCCACUUUUUUGGUAAAUUAACCCCCUUUAAAUUGAAACAAAAUUUAAUUUUAUAAUAAAAAAUUAUAAUAAUUUUUAUGUAAAAGAUUUUGAUAUAAGCUAAAUGUUUCUUUCUUAACUAAAAUCAAAAAUUUAGUUAUAUCUUAUUCUUGUUUAAAGAAGAGAGUUUAAAGAAUAGAGUAUAGAUAGCAUAUUAUUUAAACAAAAUUAGCACUUUGAUCGAUAAAUUUUCUAAAAUUUUUUGUUUUUAAAUUUUUUUUAUCAAUAAAAAUAAUAAUUUUUGUGUAAAUAAUUUUGAUACCAAUUAAUAGUGGCGUAUUAACUAAUAAUGAAAAUUUAGUUAUAUCUUGCUUUGUUUUUAAAAGAUAAAGAGUAAAUAGCAUUUUAUUAAACAAAUUUAUUAAUCUAAUUCGAUAAGUUUUUGAAUUUUUAUAUAUUUUUUUUUUUAUAAAAACAUUUUAUAUUGAUAUUUUUUUUUAAAACAAAAAAUUAGCCCCCCUUUAAAUUGGAACAAAAAUUUUUUGUUCCAAUUUAAAUGGGGGGAGUUAGACAGUUAGGAAGAAGAGAAGAAGUUUUGGAAUGCUAUAAAAAACAAUCAAAAAGAAUAAUGACAACUCAAGAUGUGAUAUAGGCAUGGUAUGUAAGAAAAUAUGAAUAUAAUUAAUACUUGAAUUCGCAAAAAUUUUAUUUUAUGAAUUGAUUACUUUUAAACCUACUAUUUAAGCUAAUUAUCCAUCUUCUGCAUAUCCUGCAUUAGCUCAUAUUACAUCCAUCUUGAAGUUACCUACACUGUAUUCAUCUUCGCUGCACUCUGUAGUUAUUGUAUUGUGCUUGAUUCAUUUAAUAAUUAUUGACAUUAUCAAUAUCUUUGGCAUUGUAUUUAUAAAUAUAAAAAACAAAUUUAAUAUAUUUCCUAAUUAAUUUUUAAUUAAUUUGAAUUUAUUAAUUAAUCGCAAUUAUUAAAGCAAUUUAUAGACUUCAUUUAUCAAUAUAGCGCUUUAAUUGGAUUAUAUUUAAAAUAUUCUUUUUGAGGGGGGGUGGGGGUGCCAUUUUUAGGGGGGGUGGGAAUUCCCUUAUUGGGAGGGGAUGGGGGUGUAGGGUUGCUACCUAUGCUUGACCAGUAUGCCCAUUUAAAUUAAUAUAGCACCCUUUAUCGUCUUUUUAUUAUUUAUUAAAUAUUCAUUAAAAAUAGUUUUAUAUUAAAUUAGCAAUUGAAGUCCCAUUUUUAGAAGCAAUUCAUGGGAUAUCAAGAGUUUUGAAAUUUGAAAGGAGAACAUUGUGCAAUGCAUGUCAUGGCUCAAAAAUGAAAAUUGGCACAGCAAGAGCAAAAUGCGAGGCUUGUCAAGGGAAAGGGGUUAUAUCAGUAAAAAAAGAUAAUAUGAAUGUACAGGUUAUGUGCCAAAAAUGCAAAGGCGUUGGGAAUUUUAUAAGGGCAUUAUGUUUAAGCUGCAGAGGAAGAGGGAUUUUAUCGAGCAAAGCCACAGAAGCUGUUCGCUUUCCAUCAGGGGUUGAUGAUGGCUUUAUGCUGAGAAUGCUAAAUAAAGGGCAUCAUAGUGAAUUAGGUGGCCCACCUGGUGAUUUGCAAGUGUGGGUAAAAGUGCUACCCAGCCCUACUUAUAAGCGCCAAGGUUACGAUAUACAUACGAAUUUGUCUUUAUCUGUAACCCAAGCUGUCCUUGGAGCCGAAAUAGAAGUGGAUACAAUUCAUGGAAAAACAAAAAUACAAGUAAACCCAGGUACGAACCCUGGAGAUACACAUAGAAUUGUAGGACAAGGGAUCAAAUACUUACCCCCAAGCACCCUUAAGGGGCAUCAUUUUGUGGAAUUUAAUAUAAAAAUCCCUAAAAAGCUGACUUCAGAGCAGAGAAGCAUUUUUGAGCAAUUAGAAAAAGUAAAAUCCAAAACAAAAUAA